GCCGCCUGUACGUCUGGCCGAAGCGCAAGGACUUUGUGAAGGACUACGUCGCAAAGUGUCCCACCUGUCAGGAGGUAAACAGUGCGAACCACUUGCGUUAUGGUUUGCUCCAGCCUCUUCCUAUCCUUGAGGGUCGUUAGCAGUCCAUCUCAAUGGACUUUAUCGGUCCCCUUCGUCCUUCGACCCCUCGCGGUCAUGAUGCUAUCCUGGUCGUCGUCGACCGCUUCACGAAGCGUGCACGCUUUGUUCCGUGCCGCCAUGCCAUCAGUGCACGUGAGGUCGCCGACAUCGUGUUUGACCGAGUCGUGCGUGACCACGGCUUGCCUCUGAGCAUCAUAUCUGACCGUGAUCCGCGCUUUACCAACCGAUUCUGGCGACGGCUCCACGAGGUGUACGGCACUCAGCUCCGCUUCUCUUCGUCUUACCAUCCUCAGACUGAUGGUCAGACCGAGAUCACGAACAGGACUCUCGGAGAUAUCCUCCGAAAGAUUGUUCGUGACGACCAGAAGUGGGAUCUCCAACUUGCCCACGCGGAGAUAGCCUACAACCACGCCGUCUCGCCAGACACGGGGAUGUCGCCUUAUUAUUGCGACCUCGACUAUCACCAUCGUGUUCCCGCGGACUUCCUCCGACCGUCACAGAUGCACCCCGACACGAGUUAUCCCGUGCUGGAUGAUUGGGUUGCACACAUGACGUCGAUCAUGAAGACCGCACAUGAGCACAUAGCCGCUUCCCAGACUCGCAUGGCAGCACCUACGAACCGAUCGAGGAUGGAUCAUCCAUUCAAAGUCGGUGAUUAUGUGUUUAUCGACGCCCGCCACUUACAGCUCGAAGCGGACACGCUUCGCAAGUUUCGGCGUCGCUUCUUUGACCCAUGCUGCAUCCUCCAGGCCGCCCGUUCUAAUACGGCAUCUAACCCGGUCAACUUUCGUGUGAAGCUGUCCGACUACCUACGCCAGGCUCGUGUGCACGAUGUCUACCACGUCUCGUUACUGCGUCCUUACCUUAGACCGUCCGAGCGUUUCGCUGGACGACCAUACGAGCGCCCUUCACCCAUCAUGGUGGACGGCCACGAGAAGUUCCUCGUUUCGGACAUCAUUGGUCGCCGAGUCACUGACGACAACCCUCCCCACGUCGAGUAUCUCGUACGUUGGAAGGGUUACCCGGAUGAGGAGGCUACCUGGGAGCCCCUCGAGCACUUGCAGCACGCUCGCAUGUUGGUGCGUGCCUAUGACCGUGCUCGUCGUGUUGGGUCCACUGCUCCUCCUCAGCCCACUGACCCUCCUCCUUCUCCCCCGGCUGAGGAGACCGCUAAAGUCGAGCCUGCUCCAUCGGAGGCAGACCUUCAGCAGCAGUCGGAUGCUUCUAAGCUUCCACAACGCACUCGUAGUCGUCCUGCUCGAUACGAGGAUUGACUCUGACUUACCUUCCCACGUCUUUGACUUCUCAGUACUCCAUCCACAUCAGUUUUGCUACUUCAACUCGUCGACGUUACGGCUCUUCCUCGAC